AUGAUACUACGAGGGUUGAACGAUUUAUCUCAGUUGACGACAUCGACAGAAACACCAAGCUCAGAUCCAUCAGUAGUGCUAGCUUUGACCGUAACUUUAGUGAUACUUGUCGUCUUUCUCAUUAUAUCAAUUUUUCUAUUACUGUACUGUGUGCUAAAACGACAAGAAAGAAAAUCCGAACGAAAACGACUAAGUGAAUAUAAAAGGCAUAAAUUUCAAGCAAAGGCAACUAUGUCAAAAGAGAAACGUAAAGCAAAAGUUAGCCAAACAGCAGCUAAUACCGACACGGCUGCGAAAUCAAAAGAAAGUACGCAAUCGCGGAAUCCAUCACCAUCACAAACGAUACCUUCAUUGAAACCUGCACCUGAAGACAGGCAACCAUCCAUAUCUGAAACUGCGCACAGCACACUUUUCUUCAUUUAUUUUCAGGUAGAAGCACCACACUUAUUUGUCAAUAAAAUUUACGUGAGUCGCUGGCGUAAUGCUUGGAAACAAGUGGAACAUGAGCCGUCAGACUUUUCAUAUGCAUUGGAAUCAGAAAGCGUUGAAGACGAUAUCUGCCUUCGACCAAUAUAA